CAUGUGAAGGAUAUGAUGCGUGUUCUCUUGUGCCUUUCAGAUGAGAUCGAGGUGGUCAUGUUAUUGACCCUAGACCUGACCUUCACUCCAGAACUGAGUAUUCCAACGAGCAGCCAGUUCAUAGCCCUGAGAGGAAGAGUACAGCCAGUGCUGGAGGCAAACUAUCGAUCGCUCACAGGAUUCAGGUCGAUUAAUGUGCGAGGAUUCAGCGCGGGAAGUGUCGUCGUCGACUUCACUAUCAGGACGACCACGGUGGUUGAUGGAGAGUUGACGGCCGCCAACCUCAACCUGACGCAGAGCUUUGAGCCCAUCGCCGCGGUGCUGGGUUUAACCACCGAACCCUUCAUCAGCCCUGACCCCAUCACCUUCCCCAGCCCGGUGUACACGGGCCAGGCCCGGACACUGACCUGUGGACCCCCGCCUCCCCAGGCGGGCAUCGCGGGGGUGACCGGCGUCUCCUGGACUCUGGGCACCAAUCCCGUCCAGAACCGAGGCCGCUUCCAGAUAACCAGUAGCGCCACAGGCUCCAGGCUGACCAUCAGCAACCUGGUCCCCUCGGACAGGGGUGCAUUCACCUGCACGCUGGUGAGCGGUGCUCUGAGGUUCAUCCAGCGUGGGCGCUUCACCACGACGACCCUCCUGGCAGCUCCCGUCCUCCUGGUCAAGAGAGAGAGCAACGCCGCCUGUAGGGGCGGCGGCAAUACAGAUACGCCGCGGAGAUGCUGUGUCCAGCCGCCCUACAGGGCCCAGUGGGUCGGUGUGACACCAGGAACAGUGCAGCAGAGCGUGGAGCAGGGAAACAACUGUGUGCAAUAUGACUACAGGUUCGACUGCACGCCCACCACGGUUACCACCAUCUGCCGCGUCAUAGGCAUCCCCGGCUUCCAGGCCAGCAGCCGGCUCAACAUCAUCACAGCAGCAGCAGUCAUCUGCAACAACACGCUGUACGGCGAGGGCGGGGUGGGGGACGAGUCCCGUCCCGAUUGUGACAUCGGUUUGGAGGGGGAGCGCCUCGCUGAGUGCCAGGCCAGCGGGGUGUGGCUGACCCGGAUCAACACCUGCAUCCUCACCAGGAUCAACGACCUCCUGACCCAGUCCGAGAGUUUGAAUCAGAAUACUGUUCCAACGUUCGUGGCAGACCUCAGUGGCUUGGUCAAGGACAAUCAAACCCAAAUAACGGAUUCCCCGGUCACCAUUUCAGCCAUCGUUGACAUCCUGACCAACGUGGGCAACGUGAGCACGGAAAUCGUGGAGAGCACCAUGCAGAGCAUCCUGAACACGGUGGAUGUGAUCGUUGGCAACGACACCAUCGAAUCGUGGGCUAAUCUGAACGCCAACCGAUCCCUCAACACCAGCUCCUUGUUCCUGGGCUCCAUGGAGACCAUCACCCAGUUCCUGAGCGGGGACGACUUCUCCGUCACCACGUCCAGCAUCCUGCUGAACAGAACCCAGUUAAGCGACUCCUUCAUGGCCGACAUCAACUCCAGCCUGGUCAUCAAUCUCCAGAACACCAACCUCACCAACACCUUCAUCACUACCAUCACCUUCUCCACCCUGAGCAACGUCCUGCCCCCCCGCACCAACACCAGCUUCAACGCCAGCCAGGACGCCAACGCCACCGGGCCGGAGAUCCUGAUCAACGCGGCGGUGGUGCUGAUCCAGCUGAACGGGUCCAGGGCGCUGCGGCCCAACCUGACGCUGUCCUACCGCAAGCGGAACACCUCGCUCACCGAGGACCCGCAGUGCGUCUUCUGGAACUUCCAGCUGCUCGACUUUCAGGGCGGCUGGGACGACGAGGGAUGCACCUUCGUCUCGGACGUGGACGACGUGGUGGAAUGCAACUGCGACCACCUGACCUCCUUCUCCAUGCUCAUGUCCACGGGCCUCCCGCCGGGAGCCGCGGAGGCCCUGGACAUCAUCACCUACAUCGGCGUGGCCAUCUCCAUCGUGAGCCUGGUCAUCUGUCUGAUCAUCGAGGCGCUCACCUGGAAGGCCAUGACCAGGAACACCACCUCCUACCUGCGCCACGUGUCGCUGGUCAACAUCGCCGUGUCCCUGCUCAUCGCCGACAUCUGGUUCAUCAUCGGCGCCGCCAUCACCUCGGAGACGGACCCGACGGAGUUCGUGCCCCUGGCGGCCUGCAGCGCGGCCACCUUCUUCAUCCACCUCUUCUACCUGGCGCUCUUCUUCUGGAUGCUGGUGUCGGCGCUGCUGCUCUUCUACCGGACGGUCAUGGUCUUCUCCCACAUGUCCAAGGCCACCAUGCUGGCCAUCGGCUUCUCGCUGGGCUACGGCGCGCCCCUGGUCAUCGCCGUGGUGACGGUGGCGGCCACGGCGCCGCAGGUUCCCCAGGGGUACAUCCGGGACAACAACGGCUGCUGGCUGAGGUGGGAGGACACCUUCGCCCUGCUGGCCUUCAUCAUCCCCGCCGGGGUCAUCGUCUUCAUCAACUUUGUCAUCCUGAUCGUGGUGCUGACGAAGAUGCUGCGCCGCGGCGUUGAGAGCAGCCACUCCGAGGAGAAGAACACUCUGCUGGUCAUCUUAAGAAGCGUGGCCAUCUUGUUCCCCACCUUCGGGCUCACCUGGGCUCUCGGUGUUGGGUUGAUGGUGGCUCCGAGGAAUUUGGGGCUUCAUGUCACCUUUGCGCUAUUCAACUCCUUACAGGGGUUCUUCAUUCUUGUGUUCGGGACCCUCAUGGACCCAAAGAUCCGAGCUGCUCUGUCCAGAACCGUCCCAGCCCUCAACUCCUCCUCCAACCAGACCCGGACUACCAGUGGAGGAGGAUCGUCGACUGGCAGAUGGGCGCUCCUCAACAGGAUACGAGGACGACGCGAUGUGUACCACGUGACGGGUGCGGGUAACACCAGCAGCUCCAACACCGCAUCGGAAUCCUACCUCAACAUUUGAUUUUGAAUGUUUGUUAUUCAAUCUUAACGCUGUGACGUAACACAGAGCACUUUUCAUGUCUUGCAGGGAAUAUUAAAUAUGGGGAUUGUUGCUUUCACCGAGAUUCUGUUUUACCUUUAUUUGUUUUGUGUGUAUUUGAACUCUCAAUAAAACUUGUACAUGUU